CUCCGAAGUCUGUGGGAAGGAAAACCCAACGUCUACCGAAUAUCGCACCUAAAACUAACUUUACCGCGCUGUCGAACGCGGCUCGGACUACACGGUUGCGUACGUCAGAAGAGUGUCACGUGACGUUCCAUGUCUCGCGCCUCUCCCACCGCUCCCUCCGAGUCGUGCGUCUGUUUCAGCACUAGUGGCGCGUAACGGAGGUGAAAUUCAAGAGGCAUGCUUCGUCGGGAGCGGUCGCGUUUUGAUCUCGAUAGCGUGUGUAGCGUGCGUCUUUGUGUAUUAUGUAUUGGUAGUGAAUAUUCGUGACUCUGAUCUUUGUCUCCACGUUCGGCUCAUUGUUCCUUGUGGCCGUGUGUGAGUUCUUGUUUUUUCUUUGUUAUAUUUCAGUCUCGCGAAUGUGGUGUGAUAUUGUGGUGUGAUUUUACCACCUCAGCACUACCGCUCUUCUUGUCUAUGUGUGUUUGGGGGGGUGCUUGACAGGCGUUCGCUUUCUGUCCUCAGCCGAUCCGCAUCACGCAUCUGUCCUCCAUCAAGAUCCUGGAAUGACCAACCGCACAUAAAGGGGCUCGCGCCCUCCUGCUCGGAUCAUGGCAUGCGCCUCAUCAUGCACUUGCAUACGCGCGCCGCCGACGCUCGACAGCAGUGAACAUGGGGCUCAGGUCGAGAAAUGGCGCUAACGGCGCCCAGGACUCAGGCGAGCGGCGGAAAGACGCGGUGGCCGGGGAGCUCGAGACAUGCACGAGCCACGAGCGGGAUGGCGCACUGCUGCUCGCCACCUCGGCGAGGCAGGCAGAAUUUAAACGGGGCUCGCAGAACUUUGGCCUUUUGGCCAAGACGCCUAUCGGCUACACGCGGCCCGUGAAGAGGAACAACAUCCGGAAGCGGCGCAUCCAGAAUCUCAUCUAUGAUGCACUCGAGAGACCGCGGGGAUGGGCGCUGCUCUACCACGCGUUUGUGUUUUUGAUAGUCCUGGCGUGUCUUAUUUUGGCAAUUCUAACAACAUUUAAAGAGUAUGAAGAUGACUCAGGUCACUGGCUGGUGGUUCUGGAGACAUUCACUAUUUUUAUUUUUGGGAGUGAGUUUGUGCUGAGGAUCUGGGCAGCAGGAUGCCGUUGUAGAUAUAAGGGUUGGAGAGGACGUCUCAAAUUCGCUCGCAAACCACUGUGUAUACUGGAUAUCUUUGUGCUGAUAGCAUCAGUGCCGGUAGUUGCUUUGGGUAACCAGGGAAAUGUUUUGGCUACGUCUCUUCGGAGUCUGCGCUUUCUGCAGAUUCUGCGUAUGUUGCGCAUGGACCGACGAGGUGGCACCUGGAAACUGCUGGGAUCUGCAAUAUAUGCUCACAGCAAGGAACUGAUCACUGCGUGGUAUAUUGGCUUCCUGUCUCUUAUCCUGUCCUCCUUCCUGGUCUACCUGGUGGAGAAGGAUGUUGUCUUCAUGACGCUACCCACUGAUGAAGAUGGCACCCCAACACCUGCCCAGGACUUUGAUACCUAUGCUGACGCACUGUGGUGGGGACUGAUAACUUUGACAACGAUUGGGUAUGGUGAUAAGACACCAAAGACAUGGCCAGGACGUCUACUUGCCGGGACCUUCACUUUGAUUGGUGUUUCAUUUUUUGCUUUGCCAGCGGGUAUUUUGGGUUCUGGUUUGGCUCUUAAGGUUCAGGAGCAGCAUAGGCAGAAACAUUUUGAGAAACGAAGGCACCCUGCAGCUGGACUCAUACAAUCAGCCUGGCGAUACUAUGCUACUAAUCCAGUAAGAGAAGACCUUACAGCAACAUGGAGAUUCUACGAAACGGUGAUCUCUCUGCCAUGCUUCAGGAAAGAAAAUUUGGAAGCGAUUGCAAGUCAGAAGCUGACUCUGCUGGAUCGUGUGCGGCUGCCCACGCCACGGCCAUCUUCAGUGAGAGGCUGGCUUAUGAUGCCUGCUGGGAAUGCUGGGAGUGGAGCCGGGAAUGGUGGACCAGCAGAGGUAGCUGAAGAGAGUCCAUCUAAAGAUGCAAAACCUGCUGGCUUCAGCAACAGAGAGAGAUUCAGGACUGCGUUCAGAAUGAAAGCCUACUCUCUGAGACAGAGUUCAGAUGAUACGGCCGGACUGCCAGACCCCACCCCUGAGGAGAAGGGCUUCCCUCCUGACAUCCUGAUGGAGGAGAUGAUUCCCACUCUUAAAUUAGUCAUCAGAGCAGUCCGGAUUCUGAUAUUCCUGUUGAAUAAAAAGCAUUUUAAGGAGACCUUGAGGCCAUAUGAUGUAAAGGAUGUGAUAGAGCAGUACUCUGCAGGACACCUGGACAUGCUUUGCAGGAUCAAAUACCUCCAGUCACGAAUAGAUCUGAUUUUUUCUCCUGGUCCACCUCUCACUCCAAAACAUAAAAAGACCCCCAAAACACCUUUCCCCUAUCCAUCUCAACAGUCUCCCAGACAUGAGGCUUAUCUGGCUAAAGCAGGCCUGCCAGAUACUGAGGACCAAAGUCUGAUGGGCAGAUUUGUGCGGGUAGAGAGACAGGUGACAGACAUGGAGAAGAAACUUGACUUCCUGGUGGACAUGCACAUGCAGUAUGACCUCACAGCACCUGCCCCCAUUACCAUGGAACGCAGUGAUGUCACUGUCAGUAUCAGCGGAGACCGAGUGUACUGCACCUAUGCCCCGCCUGUUCCCUACAACCAAUACUAUAUACACUCCCACACACUCUCACACACAAACCCACCCCGCCCCACUGUCCUACCCAUCAGCCCACUGCCAUCAGCCCACUCCCCUAAUUCCCACUUUGAACUAUCUGAAAGGCUGUAUUUGGACCAGAGGGCAGGCACACCACUGUCAUUGCUUUCUGUCACACAUGAGGAGCUAGAGCGAUCACCCAGUGGCUUCAGCAUCUCUGCCGAGAGAGAGGAGAUCACAGGCAAUGGGUCAGGAGUCAUGGCAAGGUUGAGCUGGGGUCAUGAGUGCCAAUAUUUAGCAGAGGGUGAGACAGAUACAGACACUGAACCUUUCACCCCAAGUGGACAGGCUCCACUGUCCUCUACUGGAGAUGUGUUCCCUACAGAGGAAGUGUGGAUCACCCCGCCUUGAUCUCACACACACACACACACACACAUACACACAAAUGCAAAGGUAACAGUAUAUAGACUGCUUUUUUUAAACUGCAGCCUCUGUACAGCACACUUACACACAAAGACAAUAUUGUUAUUAAUGGACUAUAUAUAAAUAUAUAUCAACAUGCUUUAUCGCUGCAAAGCUAGGAGCACUGCAUGGAAUGCAUGCAUUUUAUCUUUUUGUCUUUAGUGUUAGACAUUGCACAAGUGCAGACCAAGAAGGGAUUACAUUAAAUGGAAAAUUCUGUAAAAAAGAAAAAAAAAAACGAAAGAAAACUAAAUGCUAUGCCAUUUUUGUACACUUAUUUUUAUAUUUACAAUCAUCUGUUUUUCUUCAUAUGCAUGGACUGCAUGACACUCACCUUUAAAGCAGUUAAUGGUCAUUAUACUUUCCUAUUGUUUUGCACUUAUUUUAUGUUUCUUUUGAAAUGCAGAGUAUUUGUUAUAACUUAAUUGGCUGUUUAUGUAAAUGUCUGUUACCAUGUCACAUCUUGAUCAUUACCAAGUGCACUUCCUUGGACGUCUCAGAGUAUACAUAUUGUGGAUUGGGGUGACUAGACCAGAGUCACCCCAAUGCUGCUUUGUCCACAUGACUUUAGUCCAGCUACUUACCUUGGAAUCUGUACCGUGGUUGAUUGACUUUCACAGCUUUCACAACUGCCAGCUCAAAGAAUGUUAGUUCUGUAAUCCACAGUUAGCACACAGUUAGAGUCCACAUCAUCCAAACAAAUAAUUUCAGGUUGUUGACACUGAGUGUGGUCACUUUUAGCCACUCCAUUAGCUUUGACGUAUAUUAUUAUAUGAAGGUACUCCGCCAAGUGGCCCAUGCCUAAUACAGCUCGAGUGGGAGCCAAACAGGGGGCAUCUGACCACCUCAAGUGGCUCUGCUUGAUCAUUCAGAACAUGUAGAUGUCUUCCUAUACUUCCUAAAAAAAAUUAAUUAAAAUGAUUUGUAGAAAGAAAUUUUUAUGUAAAAGUGUAUAAUUCUCAGUUUUUCAACUCAAAAAGACAGUACUUGCCAAUAGCUCAUUAUUAAAAACUUAGUAUGUCUCAUGGACUUUGUAAUGGGAUGCAAAUAUGAAUAAAAACUUCUUGUAUCCCCAUGUGAUUGCUUAUGAAGUUUCUAUCUGAAUGUUUUUGACAAUCACAUGGUUUGCUAUUAGACUUUUUUUUUUUUUAAUUAUAUCCAACCAACUAAUCUAAGUCAGGUUAGUUUUAUGCAAAACACAAAAAAGUCCAACUAACUAAACCACACCAGGUGUUUUUUUUCUUUGUCCAAAAAUGGGUAACCCCUGCUGCAUAUAUAAAGUAGUCAACAUACUGUAUUUGUGCAUUCCCUUCUAAAACUAUAUUAUCAUUUUGACCUAAUCUUAAAUAAUAAUAAUAAUAAUAAUAUAUAAAAAUAAUAAUAAUAAUAAAAUAAUUUUGACCUAAUCUAAGCUUGUUUGGUCAAAAUAUCAGUUUGGCAUUCAAGUCAGUCCUAGGGUAAGUGAGCAUGUAUUAUCUUUAACAGGACUAAAAGUCUGAAUACACAAAGCCAGAAAAGUCCAACUUGGACCUUUAGAGCCAUGUUUUAUAUACUUGAACUUUAUUUUGGUGAUUUGCUGAAUAGUUAAAGCAGGGAACAUGAUAUAAUGCAGAAAUGUGGCCCCAUAGAAAGACUUUUGGACUGCAAACUUCAUGGUGCCCAAUAUUCAAGAUGUGCACUAAAAUACGCAGGAAGAGCUUCAAUGUUUAUUCUCUUGCUAUUAUCAGAAUUACAUUAAACAAUAGUGUCAAAUAUGAAAAAAGAAAAAAUGACUUUUUUUUAAAAAUUCUAAAUCAAUACAGUUAUUGAUAUUUAUGAUGUAUGAAUAAGUUGAUAACAUGUUGUUUGUAAACCUAACACUCAGUAUAUCAAAGCUUUACAGAGAUGCUUUCUUUGAUUUAUAACCUUUUUUUCUGAAUAUAGAAAAUAUGAAUGAUCAUUUCUGAAUGCUUAACAUCCUUUCCUUUUACUCUGACCAUUCUUUUUUCUUUCUUUCUUUCUUUCUUUUUUUCUUUCUUUCUUUCUUUCUUUCUUUCUUUCUUAACAUGCAUGUGUGUGUGUGUGUGUGUGUGUGCGCUUUAAUGGAUUUUGAUAACUCACACAUUGACCACACUCAUGUACUGUAAACUCACAAACAGCCUGCCAUCAGUGACUAAUGACUGCUAUUCAUUAUUUGUGCCUUGCCAUUUGGGCGUACAGGUUCCUUAUAGCCACAUAUUUUGUUUGUGAAUAAACCAGCCAGUCAUCCAAUUGCUCUACAAAAUAUACAUUUGUUUUACUAGGCCCCAGCCAAUCACAUUUUUCCAUUUUUUAAUUUGCAGAUUAGAUGCGUUCACACUAGUGGCCUUCUGAGCUAUUCAUUCCAGGUUUUUAAAUAAUAAACUUUUUAUUUAUAUCCUGGUCUUGACCAGUUUAAUAGCUUGACUUACAGAAACAAUGUGCAGAUGUCUUAAUUUUUUAUGUUACAUUGCACCAGUUAUUAAUAAAAAUGUAUCCAAUUU